AUGGGAGCUCGCCUGGCUUGCUCAUGUUCACAAGCCGAAUGUUUUUCUGGAUCUACAGAUGAAUCGACAUUACGGUAGGUUAAAGGAACAUGGGGAACCAAAUUUUUCUUGUUUAUUUACAAACAAAAUUUUUGUUUGUUUCAUCAAUCAUCAAACUUGAACCCUUUUUUUCCGAAAAAAAAUCCCCAAGAGGAUUUUUAUUUAGAAAAAUUAUAUAUAUUUUUUUGUUGGUUGAAGUGUUUGAAGAGGGAAGUUAGAAGAAGUGUGAAAUUGGGCGAUGCUAAUUAGAAAAACAGAAAAAAACAUAGACAUUUGGAUAAAUAGGAUAGCUGGAAACUAGAAACUAGAACUAGAUUUGGUUUUUUUUGAGGAAAAAAAUCUGAAAAUUUUGAAACAGUGAGUUUUUUGGUGGAAAAUUCAAUAAUUUUGCAAAACAUUUUUUCACUGUUUCAAAAAUUUUUUAAAUGAAAAAUAAUGGUUUUGAGAAGCUGAUUGCGUCUUCUAACUCCAAUUUAAAAACAAUUUAAACGUGAAAUUUUUUUUGAAAAUCCACGUCUACCGAGAAAAAAAAACGUGUCCCAUUUUCAAAAUUCAAUCUAGAAAAUUGUGAGUUUUUUGGAACGACUUUCUGAAAAAAAAAUUUGGUUAAAAUUCAAAUUUCGAGGAAUUUCCCAAUUUUCAAUCUAUUCUUCAAUAUUCCAACAAAAAAAAUUUUUUCAAAGUUCAAUUGUGAUGGCCCAUUAAAAUUUCAUCCAGUAAAUUUUUUAUAUGAAAAUUUUGAAACAGUGAAUUUUUUAGUAGAAAAUGGAAUAAUUUUUGCAAAAUUUUUUCCACUGUUUCAAAAAUUUUUUAAAUGAAAAAUAAUGUUUUUGAGAAGCUGAUGAAUCUCCAACUCCAAUUUUUUUCAAGUUUUCUUGACAAAAAAAAAAUCGGAGAUUUUUUGAAACAGUGAAAUUUUUCAAUGAAAAUUUGGAUUUUCUGAUAAUGCUGGUGGAAUAAUGCUAUACGGAACAUUUUUUGAAAAAAUCUGAAAAUUUUAAGGAAAUUUUAAAAAAGUAAAAAUUUUUAUUCAAUUUUUUCUAAAAAAAAAUCCAAGCGUGAAAUUUGUCCACGUCUACAGAAAAAAAAAACGUGCCCCAUUUUCAAAAUUUCUCAUUUUCUUCAAAAUUCAAUCUAGAAAAUUGUGAGUUUUUUUAGGACUUAAAAAUAUAAAAAAUAAAAAAUUUGGUUAAAAUUCAAAUUUCCCGGAGUUUCCCAAUUUUCAAUAUGAAAAUUCUUCAAUAUUCGAAAAAAAAACAAUUUUUUCAAAAUUUAAUUGUGAUGGCCCAUUAAAAUUUCAUACAGUCAAUUUUUUAUAUGAAAAUUUUGAAACAGUGAAUUUUUUAGUUGAAAAUGCAAUAAUUUUUGCAAAAUUUUUCCACUGUUUCAAAAUUUUUUUAAAUGAAAAAUAAUGGUUUUGAGAAGCUGAUGAGUCGUUGAUAACUCCAAUUUUUUCAAGUUUUCAAAAUGUUGGAGAUUUUUUGAAACAGUGAAAGUUUUCAAUGAAAAUUUGGAUUUUCUGAUAAUUCUGGUGGAAUUAUGAUCUACGGAUCAUUUUUUUGAGAAAAUCUGAGAAUUGUAAGGAAAUUUUGAAACAGUGAAAAUUUUUAAUCAAUUUUUCUAAAAAAAAUAACCCAAGCGUGACAUUUUUGAAGAUCCACGUCUACCAAAAAAAACGUGUCCAAUUUUUAAAUUUUUUCAUUUUCCUCAAAAUUCAAUCUAGAAAAUUGUGACUUUUUUUGGGACGACUUUCUGAUAAAAAUUUUUGUUAAAAUUCAAAUUUCGAGGAAAUUCCCAAUUCAUUCUUCAAUAUUCGAAAAAAAACAAUUUUUUCAAAGUUCAAUUGCGAUGGCCCAUUAGAAUUUCAUCCAGUGAAUUUUUUUUAAAUGAAAAUUUUGAAACAGUGAAUUUUCGAGAAUAAUUUUCAAUGCAUUUUCUGAGGGUUCACAGGUUUUUAAGCCAAAUUUCAGCAUUUUUCACCCAAAAAUCCACGUGGCAUUAUAGAAGGUUAUUCUGGUUAAAUUAUUCAUCUUAAUUUUUUUUUAGAAUUUUUGAAUUCAACUUAUAAUUGAUGCCAUUCUCAAAUAAUUUUUUUCUUUAAUUUUUGAAACAGUGAUUUUUUUGUUGCAGAAUCGAUGCCGAAAUUUUCGAGCUCUCUGCAGAUGGACAAAAAUGGCAGAAGUUGGAUGAAAAGUUGGCAAAGGUGAUGGAUUUUUCGCACCAAUAUUAAAUUUUUCAUUUUCAAAUUAUCAUUUCAGAUUCGUGUAUUCAACAAUUUCGACGAAUCUCAGCCCCGCCUUUUGGCGACUUCUUCAAUUACUGGACAAGUUCUCAUUGAUACACUAAUUCCAAUUGGUUAGUUUCUUUUUUCUUUUUGAUUUUUCUCUUGUGUUCUUUUUUUUUCUAGAAGUGAAAUUAGAAAUUGAAAAGAAAAAAGGGAAUAGAUAGCAUAAUUAGUUAGAUUCAUUUGAGAAAAAAGGGGAAUUUUUGUUGAAGAAAAUUUUUGGUUUUUGAAUUUCUAGAAAAAUUCACUGUUUCAAAAAUUAUUUGAAAAACUUGACGUUUGAUGAAUUUCUGAUGAUUUAAUUCUCCGAUUGUGGAAAAAUUUAUGGGUUUGGAAAAUUAUUGCUAACGAAUUGAAUUUCUGAAAAUGUUCACUGUUUCAAAAAUGUUAGAAGGUUUCAAAUAUUGAAUUUCUCAGAGUUUCACAUGUAGAAAUAUGAUAAAUAUUAUUUUUUUGAGAUCUAAAAUUUUUCACUGUUUCAGAAAUUCUUAUGAUUUUAUUUUGAGUUUGAUUAUUUUGAUAUUCGAACCAACAACAUUGCAACGUUUGAUAAUCGGAUAAUUUUUCACCGUUUCAAAAUAUCUAGAAAUUUAUGUAACUUUUCUCUAAACCUAUUACUUCUGUAGAACAAAUUUCUAAAAUUAAUCUAAAAAUUUCACAGUUUAAAAAAUUUCAAUUUGAAAAACAAUGAACGAUUCGCAAUGACUUCCAAAUUUUAUUCAAAGAAAAUCUCACUGUUUCAAAAAUCCCCCAUAUCAUUUCUCAAAAUCUUUCAAUUUUCUUCCCAAAAAGGUGUGGUUCUGCCACUAGAAAAUGCAUGAAUUUUCGCCGAAAAAUCAGCCAACAAUUUUUUUCAAGACUAUUUUUUUCUGUGUUGUCACCUUUCUCUCAAUAAUAAUAUUAAUUUUCUGUCACAUUUUUCGGUGAAAAUUUCAAGUGCUUAUCAAAUAAAUUAUUUUGAUUGCUUUAUUUUUGUGGCUCCCACACAAUUUUAUUACGAAAUUUAAUUUUCAGUUUUUUUUACAAAAAACUUUGAUUUCAGGUGAAAAAGUGCACAAAGUGAGCGAUUUUUUCGUGUAUAUUCGAGCCGAGAAUUUUCAAACUUUUGGAUUUAACACACUCAGCGCACGGGAUACAUCACUAUUGAUUUCGCAGGUAUUUUUUCAGAUUUUUUCUUACAAAAACCAUCAAAAUUCUUUUUUUUUCCAGACUUCAAAUACAACUCCUUUCAAUAUGUUUCAACAUUCUUUCACAGCUUCUGUUUCAAGAAUUGCGACUUUUGAGCAAGAUUUAAUUCAGGAAAAUCAUGAAGAAGCUGAAGUCACAAAUGUAUCACUCAAUCCGCUGAAUAUGGUUUUUAAUUAUAAAAAUCAGCCGGUUACUAUUGAUUUGGUGGGUUUUUUUUGAAACAGGGAAUUUUUAGAAAAAAUCAUGAGUUCAAAAUUUAAUCACACAGGAAUCAUUUUUUUUAUCCAGAAAUUUCAGUUAUCAAAAUUUUGAAACAGUAGAUUUUUCAAGAACAUUUUCUCACUAUAAAUAAAACUUAUAUAAUUGAUUCGAGUUGAAAAUUAUUUGAAACAGUGAAUUUUUUGUGGGAAAAUAUUUGUUGAGAAAAGGAAAAUUGAUAAUUUUUUAGAUUAACGAAGAAGCGGAGAAUAUAAAAUUUUCGAAACAGUGGAUGUUUUUUUUUCGUAAUUUUGAGAUUUGAAAUUAUCAAUUUUUAAUCUAACAAUUUUAAAUUACAAAAUUUUGAAACAGUAGAUUUUUCAAGAAAAUUUUCUCACGACAAAUCGAUUUUUUUUGAAACAGGAACUUUUCCGAAAUUAUCAUUUUAAAAAUUUUCAACAUAGAUUGUUCUAUGGUAACACAAUUUUUAUAUAGAAAUUAAAAAUAAUAAAUUUUUGAAACAGUGACAUUUUCUUAAAAUUCGAGCACGGUACUUUUUUAUCCUAAAUUUUCACAAACUAUUGAAAAAUUGCGUGAAAAUUAUUUUUGCAAAUUUAGAAACAGUAAAAUUUUUUUAGGAUAAUUUUUACUCAAUAAAAAAUAUAAUAAAUUUAUUUCCUUAAAUCGCCAAAACUCCACACAUCACUUUUUGAAACCAUUGAAAAUGAUUUGUUCGAAAUUUGAAACAGUGAAAAAUUUUAGACCAAUUUUUUGGUUGUUUUCGUUUCGAGAAACGAGCUUUGAUAUUUCGCAGUUUUUUUUCGAAAAAAAUUCACUGUUUCAAAUAAUUUUCAUAGCAAUUGUUUGUUUUUUUUGGAAAUUGAUCAUCUAUAGCUAGUUGGUUGGCAAAGUUUCACUGUUUCAAAAUUAUUUUAUGAAAUUUUUCCGAGAAUUUUGAAUUGCUAGAUUUUGCAUCAGGGGUUGUGUGUAUUUUUAUCAUAAAAAUUUCUGAAUUUUCACAAUUCCUCUUUUUUUCAGCUCGAAAGCUUUGCCUGUUCAAAUCUGGAAAAUUCAGUUGACAUAACUCAUGCCAACAAUAUAUUCCGUGUUCAUGUCUCAGCUCAUGCUCAUAUGUUCCUAAUUCAAGCCCUGAAUAUCUCAAGUCUUCUACUUGCUCGAACUUCUUCGCCAAACGUCGCAAUUCAAUAUUUGACACGUCAAAAUGAGAAAAUCCAACAGAAAUUGAUUGGUUUGUUGGAAUUAUCGGAAUCGAGCGAAAAUCCGACACGGGAAGAAGUUCGACAAAUGUUGUUGUUGAAAAAUGUGGUGGUGACGCAGAGGAUUUGUGCAUUACAGCAGACAGUAUUGCCUGGAAUUGAGGUAGGAUUGAUUUGACAGGGGGGGGGCUAAGAAUCCACGUGGCACAUUUGAAACUCCAAAAAUUUUGACGGCAAAAAACUAUAAUUUUUUGCAUUAAAAUAUGCUCUGGCAUCCAAACUUCAAAAUUUCGUAGAUUUAUGCAUUUUUUUUGAAACAGUAGAUUAUUUUUGAAAUAUUUUUCAAGCUUCAGAAAAAAAAAAUUGCAUUUUUUUGUUUUUUUUUUCGAAACGGUAAAAUUUUGUCAGUGAAUUUUUGAACUGUUUAUGCCAAUAUCAACUGAAAAUUAGUUUUGCGUCAAAAAUUCAUAGAAUUUUUGAAACAGUAGAUUUUUCUUAGGUUUUUCUUUCAAUUCCUGAAGUGAUUCAAGUUGAAGAUUUUCUCAAUCUGAAUUUGAGUUUUGCUUUUUUGAAUAAAACUUUUUUGAAACUGUGGAAUUUUUUUUUCGGAAGAACACCAAAGCAUUGACGCCAAUAAUCCACGUGGCAAAUUUCGAUUUUUGGUACCCAAAUAAAUUAUAAUAUCAAAAAUUUUAAAAUUCUAAAGAUUUAUGCUUUUGUUCGAAACAGUAGAUUUAUUAGGAAAUUUGAAAAUUAUGAACAUUUAUGCAAGGACAUAACAAACAUACACUUCUGCUCAAAUUUUCAUCAAAUUCAUGAAACAGUGGUUUUUAGCAGUGAAUUUUUCUUCUAAAUACCAUGUUAAAUACCAACUAAAAAUUAGUUCGGCCUCAAAAAUUCAUAGAAUUUUUGAAACAGUGAAUUUUUGAAGAUUUUUUUUCACUAUGAAUUUGAGUUUUGCAUUUUCUUUAUUCAAACUUAUUUUGAAACGGUGAAAUUUUAUAGCUUCAAGCAUUGAUCAGAAAACAGUUUUUUGUUCAAAAUUUUAGCGAAUUCUUGAAACAGUGAAUUUUUUUUUCAUAAUUUUCUAUUUAUUCGUUUUUCACUUGUUAUCGUUUCCAAAAAAUCCCAAUUGAAAAUAUCAAAAUUUUGAAACAGUGAAUUUUUGCCUGCAAAUAAAUUAGGAAUUACUUUUUUUUUCAAGAAAAAGUAUUAUUUUCUCCUCUCUUCACAUUUUUGUUUAUCCGUUGUCUCAUCGAAUCUCGUCAACUAAAAAAAGUGUUCAAGCUUAAAUUAGAUCAGCGGAACUUUUUUAUUUUGGUCACUUGUUUUUUCUAGGAAAACCCUGGCGCAAAUGUUAUUUUUAUUAUUUUGGUGUCCCGGGUUUGCGUUAGAGCGCACUUGCAAAAUUUUUCGAAAUUUAAGAAUUUGUCUUACUGUACCUCCCUUUAAAAUCAAUCAUUCAUUCAUUCAUGAAUGAAUGAACAAAUAAACAAACAAAUAUAAAAAGCAGGAAAAAAUUAAUAAUAAAAGUAAUGUACAAAUUUUUGAUUCUUCUUUUUUCCGCCUCUAAACAAACAACAUUUUUCUUUUUUUUUUCUGCAAAAAAAAGUUUUUCCUCAUAUUUUUUUUGGCCGCGCCCUUUUGAAAAGAAAAGCAGUCCAGCCAAGAAGAAAUUAUUAAUUCAAGGGUCUUGAGAAAUUCUCAUCGUCUUCUUCAGAAUAGUAAUAUUUUUGAGAAGAAUUUGACACUUGUGUACUUUUUUUUUGGAUGAGUGCUUGUUGACCGGAUUUUUUGGAGAUGAUUUUUGAGACAGUGGAUUUUUGGUUUCAAAAAAAUUUUUAAUUAUUUUUUAGAACCUUUUUUCGAUCAAAUUAAUAGGUUUUCAGACUUUGUAGAAUUUUUAAAUCAAAUUUUUGAAACAGUGGAUUUUUUCUUGUGAAAGCAUAGGUGAAUUAGAAUUCGGGCAAAAUUUUGUUAUCAUCUUAUCAAAACUUAAUUUUUUGUAGAAAUGAUUUGCGAAUUUUUGAAACAGUGAGAUUUUUUUGGAAAAAAAAAUUUUCUCACCAAAAAAUUGAUUUUUUUUCUGAAACAGUGAAAAAUUUAAGUUCUAUUUUCAUAAGUUUUUUAAAAUUGUAUUUGAGGUCAAAGACUGCACUAGAAAACAAAUCAAAAAUUUUCUAAAAUAAAUUUUUGAAACAGUAGAAUUUUUUAAGAUUUGAUGAUCUCAAUAUUUGUUUUUUGUCACAAAAUUUUAAUGAUUUUUUUGAAACAGUGGAUUUUGUUAUCAUUUUGAUUUGGUUGUUAGUAACGUUUCCAUUUUCACCAAAAACCCUAAUAGAAUUUUUGAAACCUAUUUUUUCCUGGAUUUUUUAUCUUCUAGAAAAAUCGUAAUAAUUUCUAGCACCACAUGUUUUCUCUUCUCAAAAACACUUUUUUCUGUUCUCCUGAAUUUUCGCGAGAAACUUAGGCUAACUCAAAAAAACCCUCGUUUUUUUUGUUGCUAUUUUCAUCCGUGCGCUGACCUAUUCUUGUUGGUUUUAGGUUUACAAGCGAAAAAGUCGACGGCGGACCCCGUGUUAAUCCCUUUUGUCACACACACACACAAAAAAUGUUCAUCUUUUCAAUACAAAAAAAGUUCCGUUUUUACGAGAAAAAAAAGAGAUGUAUCUAGCUAGCAGCACAUUUAUUAACUAGAGCAAAUACUAGAGAAAAACCUGAAUUUUGCAAAAAAAGUGGGAAAAAAAGAGUGUUUUUUGAUGAGUUUGUUUCAUUUUUUUUGGCACCAAUGAAUUCUGAAACAGUAAACUUUCUCCCUAUUAUUUUUCCCUUGAAAAAAUAUCAUAAACAAAAUUUUUGCAGCUGAUUCAAAACGAUAUAUCAAGUGAAGUGUUGGAAAAAUUAUUGGACAGUUGUCGACUUUCUUCGCUGUUUUUGUGGCAUUUUAAUAUGAACUCGUUUAGAAUGUGAGUUUUUUUUGGUUGGGAUUGUAGAGAGGAACUUUAGUUGUUGAACAUUAAUUUUGAUAAUAGAAUUUUGAAACAGUGAAAAUAAGGUCAUAAAAAAUUUCGAGAAAACGUUUUCCGAUCAAAUGUACAAAUACUUGAUUAAUUUUUUGAAAACUAUUCCCCAAAUGUAUUUUUAUUGAAACAGUGAAAAUAUUUUGAACCCGUAUUUAUCAAAAAUUUUUGAAAAUUAAUUGUAAGUAUGGAUGUUGUAUUUUCGAACUAUCUCUAAUCAAUAAAAAAUUUACGAAUAUUUUAAUGUUAGAUUUUUGAAACAGUAGAAAAAUUCAAACAUUGUUUGUGGAAUUCUGGAAUUUCGGGACUUUUUGUUACGUAUGUAUGGUUUAUCAUUGAAAUUUUAGUUGAAAAGUUCAUACUAGAUUUUUGAAACAGUGAAUUUUUGUAGAUAUUUUUUUCUAGAAUUCUUAUAACACAAACGCAUCAAAAAAUCAUCCGGAAAUUUUUUAAAUGAUUGUUUUGAAACAGUAGAAAAGUUAGGGGAGUUUACAAAAAAAGAAUUAUCAUUGAAAUUUCAAUUGGAUAAUUUUCACAUAAUUUUUGAAACAGUAAAUUUUUAUAAAGUUCGAUAGGACAUACUCAUCAAAAAUUAUCCAAAAUAAUUUUUCAAAUCAUUUUUUUGAAACAGUAGAAAAGUUUGGAGAUGUAUCAUUGUAGUUUCAAUUGGAAAACUUUAAAUUAAUUUUUGAAACAGUUAAAUUUUUCAACCAAAAAUAUUAUUUUUAUUUUAACUUUAACAGCUUCAAAAAAAUCAGAAAAAAAUAAUUAAAACUUUUGAAACAGUGAAUUUUCUCUUUAUUUUCUAAGCACCUUAAACAUUUCCAUUAUUUUGUUGUGUUGUUCUUGAACUUGACCAGCAUUAAAGCAGAAAACCUUUCCGCCACAAAAAUAUUACAAAGAAAUAACCUUGGGAUUAUGUCCUAAUUAUACCUACUUAUUUAUGUUUAUUAUUUAUUUCCCGCCCUUCCCCUCAUAGAAAAAUUGAAAAUAAUUUAUUUUUCUACCUAAAAUGACAAGAUUUUCUAGUUGGCGAAAACCGAUGGAAUUUGAGAUGAUGGUCCCGUCGACUUCAGCCAAUCAAAAUUCGAUUAUUCAUCAUAUUCCGAUUCAACAAGUUAGCGCAACUCCUCCCAUUGGAAAUUUGAAUUUGAAUUUGAAUUUGAAUUCGGCCGCGCAAAAAUCGGAUGAUCAUGUGACGACACAUAAUGGAACUACAACUUUUCAUGCAUCUACGCCAACACAGCAAAAUGUGAGUUUUUUGGGCACCAAAAAUCUUAGAAAAAAUUACUGUGGAUUCAUUAGAUCAAUACAUUAUCGCAAAAAUUUUUGAAAAAAAAAUUAUGAAAUUUUUGAAACAGUGAAAUUUUUUAGAAUAAAAAAAAAAUUCAAACCCCAAAUUUUGGAGCUAAAAUUUUGAUUGUCACUGGGGUUACUGUAGUUUGAAAAAAAAUAAGCGUUUUAUUUAUAAAGGUUACUGUUGAUCCGAUUAUUGGAAAAUGAUUUGUGAAACAUUUUGAAAACAAUUUUUCAAGUUGAACGAUAAAUUUUUUCAGAAUUUUGAAAUUUUAUUACAGUAGUUUUUGGCGCCAGAACUUUUCGAUUAAUAAUCGCUAAACUUUCCAAAAAAAAUUAUUUUAUGAAAUUUUUGAAACACUGAAUUUUUUAGAAUUAAAAAAUAAUUUCAAACCCCAAAAAUUUGGCGCUAAAAUUUUGACUGUCACUGGGGUUACUGUAUUUUAUUUCAGAAUGUAGUUCUCUCAAAAAUAUGGUCUCCUACAGUAAUCCCUUUGAACUUUGGCGCCAAAAUAAUUAAAGGAUUACUGUAUUUUUUUACGUCAUAUGAUUUAUUCGAAUUCUGAACAUUAAAAAUUUUUUUCAACAAAAAAUCUAGAUUUUUUGAAACAGUAGAAAAAUGAGCACUUGAAAAAAAAACUUGAUUUUUUUUUCUAAACAAAAAAUAAAUAAAUAAAUACUUGAGCUCAUUUUUUGGCACCGGAAAAUUUUUUCAAAAUUUUCAGAUUCCCUCAACAUCUUCUGCGAUGGUUUUGGAGGCUCCGAAUCCGGAUGAUUAUCAUGUGAGAAAAACGAAUGGAAGAUUGGGUUUGACAAUUUAUGCACAUAAUGAAGAUGGAAUUAUUCGGGCUGAGGUAAGUGAAGAUUUUUUACUGUUUCAGGAUUUUGAGAAAUUUUUGAAGAGAUAUUUGUUAAUGUUGUGGUCAAAUAUGAAACAUUAUUAAAAAAAGGAGAAAAUUAAUUUUCCGAAAUUUUUUUUUUCACUGUUUCAAAAUUUUGGGAUAAAUAAUUUUUGAAAUAUUUUUUGUUCGGAUGAUUGAUGCUUGUGUGCUCUUCAAAUAUUGCAAUUUUUCAAGUUUUCUGUAAGAAAUCUGAAAAAAAAUUAGCGAAAAAAUUCACUGUUUCAGAAUAUUUUUGAAUCAAAUUUUGGAACUGUUUAGAUAAUUUGACAUCUCCUCUUAAGUUCCCUCAAAAAUUCGAUUAAAAAUUAACUGUUUCAAAAUUUAGAAAUAAUCAAUUUUCCGACAUUUUUCAAUUAUUCUAGACACAUGCUCCCUUACACGACGAUUUACUCCAAUAGAAAAUUGCCCCUCGGGUCAGACGAGAGACGACGGGAGUCUGAUGACGUCAUCUGGGACAGAGAAAGAUAUCGCUUCGAAAUAUUUUUGAGAAAAUAUGUGUCCCUUUGAAAAAAUACCGUAUUUUGUUUCAAGGAACACAUGUUUUAUUGAAAAUAUCUCGAAGCGAAAUUCAUUUUCGGCAUAUUUUUGUAAAAUACUCUCGUCGUCUCGCGUCUGACUCAACGGGCGCCUUGUAUGGUCGUGCUUAUAUAAAAUUUUACUGUUUCAAAAUUUUGGGAUAAAUAAUUUUUGAAAUAUUUUUUGUUCGAUUGAUUGAUGCUUGUGUGCUCUUCAAAUAUUUUUUUCAAGUUUUCUGUAAGAAAUCUGGAAAAAUCCACUGUUUCAGAAUAUUUUUGAAUCAAAUUUUGGAAUUGUUCACAUAAUUUGACAUCUCCUCUUAAGUUCCCCUCAAAAAUUCGAUAAAAAAAUUCACAAAAAAUUAACUGUUUCAAUAUUUAGAAAUAAUUAAGUUUGUGGAAUUUUCAAUGAUUUUCGGAAGAAAUAUUAAUCAAAAUUUUACUGUUUCAAAAAAUUUGAUUUAAAAAUUGGGAUGUCUCAAAUUGUGAUCGUUCCAUGUCCUCCUACUGAAUUUUUUAUUUAAAAAAUUUUACUGUUUCAAAAAUUUAAUAUUUUGAAAAAUUUUAAUGCUAUCAGGUCCCCUUUCAAUCUGAAACCUAAAAAUAUUCAAUUUCCUGAAAAAAAAACGUACAGAAAUUUUUACUGUUUCAAAAAAAUAUGAAAAAAUUUAAUUGUUUUUCUUUUUUCGAUAUUCAUAUUAAGUGUCGUCAGUGAAAAUUGUUAAAAAUUUUGACUGUUUCAGAAUUUUCUGAAAUAACAAAACAAAUCAGAAAAAAUUUGAAAAUUUCAAAAAUUAUGGAGCCAAAAAACCACGUGGCAAACUCGAAAAAUUCAAAAAAUAUUCUUGCAGGUGCGCGGUGUGACAUCUUUUGCUCCCCGUUCUGCUCAAGUUGGCGACUCAGUUAUAGCUGUGGAUGGAGAGCUAAUUUCAUCUGUAAAAAACGCUUCUGAUGUUGAAAAAUUGCUGAGAAUCGGAAAAGUGAUUCAUUUGCGUCGAAAAACUCCGCUUCCUCGACCAAUGACACAAAAUGAUAGAAAAGAAUGUGCGAAACUGUCGAUGGCACUUCAAGAAUUACUUCAAACUGAAAAGAAAUAUGUGGCCGAUUUGAGAGAAAUGAAUGAUAUUUUCUUGUGUAUGAGAGCUGUGAGAGAUAUUAUGCAUUCGUCUUUGAGAUUGUUUAAAAUUCAAAUUUCGUUUGUUGAUUCAAUUGAAGAAGCGAUUGGAGAUUUAUCGAGGACUGAUAUUUCGAUGGCACAAAUUAGGGUGAGAUUUUAAACUUUUUUUCUGACUUUUAGAAAAUUAGAAAAGAGUAUUUCCAAAUUAAUGCCUAAAAAUUUAUUCACGCUUGUUAUUUUAUUUUUGAAACAGUGAAUUUUUUAUUACAAAAAAUUCACUGACCAUUUUAAAUAUUUUUUUGAGCCGCAAAAUGUUUUUCGAAGGAUUUCUAGAAUCUCAAGCCUUCUAAAAAUAUCACUGUUUCGAAAAUUUAUUUUAUAUUUUUCGAAAUUUAUUUAAAUUGAUUCAUCAAUACUGGCAACAUGUGAAAACCUUAGAAAUUUUGAAACGUAGAUUUUUCGGUGUCAAAAUAUUGCGCUCGAUGAAAACUACAAAAAAAAUUAAUUUUUAAAAUUUAUGACGAUUUUGAAACAGUGAAAAAAUGUAGAAUUUAAUAAUCACAAUUAAAUUCACCCUAAUUGAAAAAAUUCACUGUUUCAAAAUUUUCAUGAAUUUUAUUCGAGGAAGUUUGAAAGCAGUGUUUUUGUUUUAAUCCGUGGAAAAUCUGGAAUCAAAACUAGCCAUUAUUGAAAUAAACAAUGACAAUAGAAAACUUCAAGAAAUUUUGAAACAGUAGAUUUUUUUAGAAACCAAAAAAUAUUUGACUGUUUCAAAAUUUUGUGAAAUUAAUUUGAAAAAUUGGGAAGUGUUAGAUCCGUAUUUCUCUUUAAAAUUUGGCAACUGUAAUUUUUUGAGAGAAAGUUCAAUUUCAGUAACAUUCGAAAAUAUUCGUGAAACUGUUUCAAAUUUUUCUGAAAAUCUGGAAUUUAUGGUUUCGAAAAGAACUAAAUUCACUGGAAUAUAUGUUCUCAACUAGGAGGAAACUUUCCAAUAAAAAACGCAAAAAAAUAUGACAUUUCAAAAAAUUUUGAAACAGUAGAUUUUUUAAAAACCAAAAAAUUCGACUGUUUCAAAAUUAUGUGAAAUAAAUUUGAAGAAAUCUGGAAGCGGUUUUUACGGCAUUGACGACAAUUUAUAAAAGUUAGAUUAAGGACAAAUUUGUUUUUUUUUGAUUUUUUUUUUCAAGAAAUUUUUGAAACAGUAAAUUUUUAGAGCGCCAAAAUUUUUUUAAAUCAUGUUAUUUUUGCAGGAUUCCGUGAUGCGAGUCUGCGCAGUGUUCGUAAACAAAUGUUCGGAUUUCAAAAUCUACGCGGAAUAUGCUUCCGCCUAUCUUCGCCUCCAACACGAAAUCAAACACAAAAAAGAUUUGCUCGCCAAAUUAGAAGCCGUAAAUAUAUCCAAAGAGCAACAUUGCUCAUAUGAAUCUCGAAUGAUCAAACCAGUUCAACGAAUAGUUCAAUAUCCUUUGCUUCUCAAAAAUAUACAAGAAGCAUUGCCAAAAGAAGCAAAAGAAUAUAAAAUUCAAGUAGAAACAGCCUAUCAAAAAAUGGCGACAAUUGCAGAAUAUGUGAAUGAAAUGCAAAGAUUACACGAAGAAUAUUCACAAUAUAUUGAAACAGUCAAAAAAGCGAAUGAGGCAAUGUUAAUUGAAAAAGGAGCUAGAAUUGAUACGAGGGAAUUAUUGAUUUUUGCACAUAUUAAAUGGAGAGAUGCACCUGCUGAACAUUAUGUUAUUUUUGUUUUUCAAACUUUGAUUUUGUUGUUGCCGUCGUAUGCGAGGAAAGAGAUUAAGGUGAGGGAAAUUUGGAGCAUUUUGAGCCCAAAUAUGAUUAAAUUUCCACGUGGAAUUGAAGAUCUUUGAAUUUGGAGCAUUUUGAGCACAAAAAUAUCUCAAAAACCAAAAAAACUUUUAAAAAUUUUACUGUUUCAAAAAUUAUAGAUGUUUGAACAUUUUCUCAAAUUUUUGAUUUCAGAAAUUUUUUUUUCAACAAAAAUUUUGAAGGUUUUUCUUCCAGUUGCUUUUUCAAAACAAAAAAUUUCACUGUUUCAAAAAAAUAUUUAAAUAAAAAUUGUGUUAAGGAUUUUGUUGAAUCUCACUAAAGUUUUGUCCAAAUAAUUUACUGUUUCAAAAUUUUCGGAAAUAUUUUCGGUUUGUUGGAUAUACAGUGGAUAAAUUUAGUAAAAUUAAACUCGUAUUUUUAUAACAAAAAACUUCACUGUUUCAAAAAUAUUUUGAAAUAAAAAUUAGUUUUGAGAUGUUCGUUAUGUCCUUUGCAUCAACUUCUCAAACCCAGAAAAAUUACUGUUUCAAAAAUUCUAGAUAAUUUUUGAGAAUUCCUAAAAUUUUUCUAAAAAAAUUCUGGAUAAUUUUCCAGAUGAAAUGGACACGAGUUCUUCCAAUAAAUGAAGUAGACAUUGAUGAAAAUUCGCAAGAUUCAAUGAAUCUCAAAUUAUAUCAUGCAGCUUUCGAAGGACCAAAUGGUCAAUUGAGUCAUUGUGAGUUGAAAAAUCCAAAAUUCAUUCAAAAAUUGCUAAUUUUUCAGCCAAUCCAAACACGGUGUAUAAUAUCGAAUGUUGUCAACCGCAAUUAAAAAUUCAACUAAUUCGAAGUAUCAAAAAAGCGCGCGCAAGUUUUUCGCGCGAAAAUCAUCGACCUUUGAGUGGUUCAAGUCAAUCGGAUGGUGGAUAUGUUUCUGAAGUUUCGAAGGAUCAGAAAAGAUAG